AUGGCGCCGCUUGGAUUCCUCUCGCCCGGAGAGCUAGAGAAACACACGGACGCAUGCGCAGAAGCAGAGCCUGGCUCACUCUCUCCCCACCCUCGGGAGGGAUGGGCGGAAGUGACGUUAACGGAAGUCAGAGGCCGGCUCCUGAUAGUGACUGAGGCAGAAGAAGGUGAGAGCGGAGAAAGAGGAAAGAGGUGAAGUUUUCUACGCCUGGAAUUUAUUUAUUUAUUGGGGGGGGGGAUGUGGGUCAAAGGUCAGAGGAGGGGGAGAGUUGGAGUCAAGGGGGAAAUGAAUAUUCAUGACUUAAUGUUUACCAGAUUAUAUGUUUUAUUUUUUAUUUCUGUUUUAUUUUAUUUGGUUUUAUGAACUUAUAUGGGAUUUUUUGGGUUUUUUCUUUGGUUUUAUGAACUUAUAUUUAUUUUAUUUUAUUUUCUUUGGUUUUAUGAACUUAUAUUUAUUUUAUUUUCAUUGGUUUUAGGAACUUAUAUGUUUUAUUUUUUUCUUUUCUUUGGUUUUAUGAAUUUAUAUGUUUUAUUUUUAUUUUUAAUUUUAUUUUCUUUGUUUUUAUGAAUUUAUAUGUUUUAUUUUAUUUUUUAUUUUCUUUGGUUUUAUGAACUUUUUUUUAAUUUGGUUUUAUGAACUUACAUGUUUUAUUCUUUAUUUUAUUUUAUUUGGUUUUAUGAAUGCUUUAUUGGUUGCAAACUGUAUAGCAGAAAUAAUAAAUAUUAAAGACAAAAUAAGUACCUUUAAGUGAUACUUGUUUUGUACAUCAUUUUGUAAUUAAGUAUACUGUGACCUCCGAUCUUCCCAUUACGUUCCUGAAUUAAAUUCCUUAACUGUGCACUUAUCUCUUUUUCCCUCCAUGUUAUUUAACUUGCUUUGAAUCUUGUAAGAUUAUCCUAUUUACAUAUAGAAGUUCAGUCAAAACCUGCCAACGGAUUGAUAUUCUUUUACAUAAACUCUGUAUAUGUCCCACUCUCUGAUAGAUAACCUUUUCGUCUGUAACCUUGCUGAGACUCUCACCAGUUCAGCGUACUCUCUUAAUUUAUUUUGCCAGUCUGAUUUGUAUGGAGUAUCCUCUCCCUUCCAACCUUUUACGAUUAGAAUUCUGGCAGCAACUGUAGCAUACAUAAAGACUCUCCUGAACUUUUUUGAAAUUGUAUGUUAUAUAUGUUUUAUGGUGAUAUAUAGAUUUAAUUAAGGGACGCGGGUGGCGCUGUGGGUUAAACCACUGAGCCUCUUGGGCUCGCCAAUCAAAAGGUUGCCAGUUCGAGUCCCCACAACAGGGUGCUCGGUCCCUGCUCCUGCCAACCUAGCAGUUCAAAUGCACACAAAAAAGUGCAAGUAGAUAAAUAGGUACCGCUUUGGCGGGAAGGUAAACGGCGUUUCCGUGCGCUGCUCUGGUUUCGCCAGAAGCGGCUUAGUCCUGCUGGCCACAUGACCCGGAAAAACUGUCUGCAGACAAACACUGGCUUCCUCGGCCUAUAGAUCAUCUCAACCCUAGUGGUCCCUAGAUGUUGUUGGAUUACAACUCCCAUCACCCCUGAGCUCUGGCCUUGCUAGCUAGGGUGGUUUAGGAGUUGUAGUUCAACAACAUCUGGGGACCCACAUGUUGAGAAAUGCUGCUAUAGAGCGAGAUGAGCGCGCAACCCCAGAGUCGUCUGCUACUGGACCUAACGGUCAGGGGUGCCUUUACCUUUACCUUUUUUAAGGAUUUAAUUGAAGCACCAAAUGCCCCCUGCUGUGAUGACGUUUGUGACUUAUUUGUAUUAAGGUUCCUAAACUGACCUUAUUAAAAGCAGCGCCUUUAGGACUGGGAUCUUAAGUCCUUUCAAAAGUCCUCCAGGAGGGGCUCCAUGGUGGCAGAGCAGCCAGAAAGGCCCCUGGCUUACUCCCUGGUAGAUCCUCCAGGAAGGGCAGGGAGAAGAAGAAGAAGAAGAGUUUGGAUUUGAUAUCCCGCGGCCCUGCCGCUCUCAAAACCUUGGUGGAGCAGCUGCCAGAUAGUGUAGGCAGCGCUGACCCAGAUGCAUAAAUGGUCCGACUCAGGAGGAGGCAAGCUUCUCAUUUAUUUCCUGGCAGUUAGUAACUGGGUGGGGCCGGGUGGGGGCCUGUGUUAGUGGGGAAUGUAAUUAUGAGCAAGUUUUUGCUCCUUGCUUGCAAUGCUUUGCCACCCAACGAAGCUGACUAAGUUUCAGGGUGGGCAGAAAGAAGGACUUCGUCUCAUGGCACGUAGUUAAAGUUGGAAUCUGCUCCUACUGCAGACAGUGAUGGCCACCCACUUGGAUGGCUUCCAAAGAGGACAGGAGAAACUCUUAAUUUCAGUUUGAAUUAUCCUGAUCCUCUAUUCCCUUUCCCCUUUCCUCUUCUAUGAAGAAACCCUUUCUGGGACCCCACAUUUAAAUUCUUCCCUGGUCUCCUUGCUGGCCCUAGUAGGACCAACUUGGCCAAUUAGCCCUGGUGAUCAUUUGAUGUCUACUGACUGGGUUUUGUUUUCUUUUGUUUUUCCCAAAACGACCCCUGAAUUUUUGAAUUUUAUUGAUAUUGAUGCUGCAUUUUAUGUUGUGUUUUGUGCUGUUCUUAAGUCGCAUUUUGAUCAAUGUUUUAUAUUUGCUGUUGGCUGCCCUGAGCCUGGUUUUUAAACCGGGAAGGGUGGGGUAUAAAUAAAAAAUUAUUAUUAUAAUAAUAAUUAUUAAGAGGGUGAGGUUGCCAAGUCCUCUGCUGUCCCUCUCUAGUCAGAAGCCAGCAUCCCUCCGAAGCCCAGAUGCUGGGAGAACCUGCGAAGUUUGCGUUUCUCUUGCCAAACUGACUGGGCCAAUCUCCCUUGGCAGGUGUCGUCCCUUCUGGCCGCAUCUUGAUCAGCAAGAAGAGUGA